AUGGUAAAUUCUGAGACUCGCGCCGCGCACGCUUCUCUCCGUUGUCCUUGUCGCCUACGCUGCCGCACCAUAAGCGCCCCGACGCAGGUGGUCAACUUCGGGCCCGGGCCUGCCAAGCUACCGCGCUCGGUAUUGUUAGAGAUCCAAAAAGAACUAUUAGACUACAAAGGAAUUGGGAUUAGUGUUCUUGAAAUGAGCCACAGGUCGUCAGAUUUUGCCAAGAUUAUUAACAACGCAGAGAAUCUUGUGCGGGAAUUGUUAGCCAUUCCAGAUAACUACAAGGUGAUUUUUGUGCAAGGAGGUGGGUCUGGCCAGUUCAGUGCUGUCCCCUUAAACCUGAUUGGCCGGAAAGCAGGAAGGUGUGCUGACUACGUGGUAACGGGCUCUUGGUCAGCUAAGGCCGCAGAAGAAGCCAAGAAGUUCGGGACUGUGAAUAUCGUCCACCCCAAACUUGGGAGUUACACGAAAAUCCCAGAUCCAAGCACCUGGAACCUCAGCCCGGACGCUUCCUAUGUGUAUUACUGCGCCAACGAGACCGUGCACGGAGUGGAGUUUGGCUUUAUCCCUGAUGUCAAGGGGGCAGUGCUGGUUUGCGACAUGUCCUCAAGCUUCCUCUCCAAGCCAGUGGAUGUUUCCAAGUUUGGCGUGAUUUUUGCCGGUGCACAGAAGAACGUGGGCUCUGCUGGGGUCACCGUAGUGAUCAUCCGUGAGGACCUGCUGGGGUUCGCGCUCCGAGAGUGCCCCUCGAUCCUGGAAUACAAAGUACAGGCUGCAAACGGCUCCUUGUACAACACGCCCCCGUGCUUCAGCAUCUACGUCAUGGGCUUGGUCCUGGAGUGGAUUAAGAACAAUGGCAGGGCCGCAGCCAUGGAGAAGCUCAGCGCCAUCAAAUCGCAGAUGAUUUAUGAUAUUAUUGAUAAUUCUCAAGGAUUCUAUGUAUGUCCAGUGGAGCCCAAGUAUAGAAGCAAGAUGAAUAUUCCAUUCCGCAUUGGCAAUGCCAAAGGAGACAAUGCUUUAGAAAAAAGAUUUCUCGAUAAAGCUCUUGAACUCAAUAUGAUCUCCUUGAAAGGACAUAGGUCUGUGGGAGGCAUCCGGGCCUCUCUGUAUAAUGCUGUCACGAUUGAGGAUGUUCAAAAGCUGGCGGCCUUCAUGAAGAACUUUCUGGAGAUGCAUCAACUAUGAACACAUCUUGACCAGUAUAUACUCUGCCCUUGAACAGUGUAUAAAAUAUAAAGUAACUUGGGAAUGAGGACAGAAACCUAGCAAACAUGGUAUUUUUCUCGAGUGAACGUGCUUAUUACAGAUCUCAGUUUUUUUUUAAAGAAUGACAGCAGAACAUCCACAGCUCUGCAAAGCUGGUGGGUUUAACGGCCUCCACCUUAAUUCUCACGUGAACUGGAAGCAUUUAAAAAAAAAAAAAAUCUCCCUCUAGCUUUUCUAGCGAAUUCUGGCUAACUUUGUCUUUGCUGCUACUUUUUCUAGUUAGAUCUCAAUAUUCAAAUCUGCGUGUGGCCUUAAUGAUGCAAAUUGAAGUACUGAUUUCUGGAGACACUCAGGCAGGGCACGGAGGCUGGGUGAGGACCGGGAUUCAACAGGUGCUGAGUCUUGAUCCUUUACAAAAUGACAUGGUGGCGUCUCCUGGGUUCUGCACCUGGUAAUUCGGGUCCACACUGCCUGUGUGGUGAUGUUUAGGGGUUCCAGGCUCAAGGGCAAGCUGGGGGAUCUUUCUUUAUCCUGUUACUCUCGUUAAAGAGAUAAAAGUGACAUACUAUAUGUUCACAUGGCAAAGUCUGUUUUUAAUACCAAAUAGUUUAUAUCUCUAUGCAGUCUGUUUCUAAUAAUACGGUUCUUGGGGAUGCACAUAGAGACUUAAGAGAAUUUGUUAGAAUCCUUAACCUCACGUAUUACGGGUUAACGCUUGCAACGGUGUGUCCCUUCUCUCUCUCUUCUCUCUCCAAAAUACCUGCUUCACAGGGUUUAGAAGUUCUCUGAUUUCCUUUUAUGUUCCUUUUAGUGGAUAGAAGAGAAGGUUGCUUGGUUGCUAUGUUCUUUUUUUUUUUCGGUUAAGCUGUUAAAUUAAAAUUCUCUGUUAAGCUCCCUUCUUGUUGGUUCACUUGACAGUUUUUUAUAGUGUUUGACCAGUGAUGCUGUGAGUUCUGGAGAACCUUUGCUGAAGAGUUUUUUCCCUGUUGUUCGUCCAUUGUCAGUAUUUCUCUUGACUGUGUGGAAGACAUGAAAGUCCUAAAACAUCUAAACGUUUGUCAAUAAAUUUCCUUACCUGCU